UCAUGACGUCAUAAUGAGGGCGGGAUUUAUGGAGUCAGCUGCUGGCAUGUCAACAAUGUGGUAUCAACGUUAAGAAAACGAAAACCGAUUCAGAGAUGUAACGUGUCUCCACAACAGAAAAAAGGUGCGAAAUGAAGCAGAAGGAAAAGAGGCUAUCCGUGACCAAAAAGGAGCUACCGAAAGAGUCAAAAGAUGAAAAGGCAGAUGACGGCGCGAUCAAUCUGCUUCGUCGUCUUGGCAACCAAAACCACUCUAUGAUUAGAAGUAAAAUGAGUUUAACGGACGCCGAAGAAACCAUGCCGCCAGAAAUGUCAAGUAUCGCCUUAGCCACCUCUCCACAGGAUGAUUCUAUCGACAUGGCAUCGUCAGUUAAUCCCCAUAUGUCUGCAUCAGCUCAAGUGAUGCCUGAUUGGUACGAAGAUCUUACAGAUGACCACACGUCCGCAUUCAAGGAAUUGUUUGAUAUGCUGGACUCCUCCAAAACGGGGUUGUUGAAUGCUGACAGUCUGUAUGAGGGCUUAAAACGGGUUGAUAGUGACAUCACAAAAGAGGAAGUCGAAAAUGUGUUGAAGAAACUCGACAAGGAUGGCAACGGUGAAAUCGACUUUGAUGAAUUCCUGUUCCACAUGACACAAGGUGAUAUCCUUGGAGGCGAUUACGAUGAUGAUACCGACAGGAAGAGGGGGCGUAAUUUCUCGAAACGUCAGAGAUUGUUUUACACCGCCAUCACUGAAUUCUCUUUGAAGACAACUUUGGGAGAAAUUGAGAGAUCAUAUUUGGCACGAAUGCGCCAGGCACCCCAUGUUCUUAGUCAUUACACAGCAGGUGUGCGCCUUAUCGGGUUAACAGAUCGCCAGCUCCAAAGGCAGUUUAAAAAGAUGCAGAAAACUGCUAGGAACAAUGAUUCACCUUAUGCGAAACCACUGCCUUUCGUGUCACAAAGCGGCGCAGUUAAACCAAAAAGUAUCAGGAAACAGGUUGGGAGAAAGGAAAUCAGUCAAUAUAAGCUAGCAGAGGAUCGCAAGCAUUCACCACAACAGCGCAAAAAGACCCGAGUACCCCCCAAGGUUAUAGCGUAUACGGAGAGUGACGCCAAACCUGCUAUCGUGAUAGACGAUAUCCCGUCUGAUCACACUAUCCACAAAGACGUGCAGGCAACGAUUAACGAAUCUCUUGAAAUGUGGGACAAACGGAGCAGUAUUGUUUCAAGAUUGCCAGGCAGUCAUCUUAUUGCAAGUCUGAGAGCAAAAAUAAGAACAAAUCUUAUCAAAUUGGAUAGUACUACAGAGGAGCCUGAACCAGACGAUACACCGAAAUCCCUCCCCGUCUAUGAGAAAGGUGAUCAAGAAUCCAGCCGUAGGAUACCAUGUAAACCAAAAAUUGACAGAGAGAAAGUUCCACUCCCUGUGUUAAAGAUCAAAUAUUUAAAACACAGACCAACAAUUGAUGACCUCCCCAAUAUACGAGAAAAGGCAACACAAGCAAUCAACGACUACUAUCAGAACAUGAGGAAGGCAACUGUGAAAGAUGCCUACACAAACUGGGAGAAAUUGUACGCUGAUACGAUUCGUCCUAAAAAACUACUAGAAAACUUUAGGACAGUAUAUCGUGCCUAUUCGCCCCACAAAGAAGAGGACGCUUUUGUAGUUUGUCCUUGGAUGCCUGGUCCAUAUCGUCACUUCCGGAAUAUUUUCACGAACCGGAAUCAAGGAUCUCCCGAUUUCCGGAUGGAGAGAGUGUACAGGACUUGUAUCAGUCCCGAGUCGACAAACAAGCGACCAUUUAGUGUACAUUAAAUGUCGAAACAAUA